AUGGCGGACGACGGCUUGCUACUCAACUUUUCCCUCGGGGAUAGCAAUGUCAUCAAAGCAGAGCCGAAGCUGAAGGGUGGAACGUGGCGCGACCGGCUCAGCGCAAGAAAAAUCGCUCAGCACCGAUCAAAAGGCCCCCGGAAACCCGGCGACGAGAACACUGCACCCAGAGUGCCGCGCAAUCCUAAUCAGAUCGAAGUUUCUGCGACACGGCCUCAGAAGAGACAGAGAACGGAUGGAGGUGACGGCGGAAGACCCCAGUCACAUGCACAAUCCAACCAGCCCCGCCAGUUUAUCUCAUCGCUCUUCACGAAGAACCCGGAGCCGAAGAAUGUUGAGGAGGUAAAGGAAGAAGGACCGGUUGAAGAGGCGAAGCCGACCAACGCCCCGUUGAUUGAUGGCCUUGACACAUUCACCAAUUUGGGUCUGUCGCCCAGUCUAGCGGCGCACCUUCUCACAAAACUCGAAUUGAAGGCUCCGACGGCGAUUCAGAAGGCCUCGAUAUCGCAGCUUCUGAAGGAGGAUGGCGACGCCUUCAUUCAGGCAGAGACUGGUUCCGGAAAGACUCUGGCCUAUCUGCUUCCCUUGGUGCAGAGAAUCAUGACCCUUUCGAAGCCUACCACGGACGCGACAGGUCAGCCCAUCGUGCACCGGGACAGUGGCUUGUUUGCUAUCGUCCUGGCGCCGACUCGUGAACUGUGCAAACAGAUCUCCGUCGUGUUGGAAAGUUUACUACGGUGUGCGCAUUGGAUUGUCGCCGGAACUGUCAUUGGUGGCGAGAAGAAGAAGUCGGAAAAAGCGAGACUGCGGAAGGGGUUGAACAUUCUUGUCGCGACCCCCGGAAGACUCGCAGAUCAUUUGGAAAAUACGAAAGUGUUGGAUGUGAGCAAUGUGCGGUGGUUGGUGCUCGAUGAAGGUGAUCGCUUGAUGGAGCUGGGCUUUGAGGAAGAGAUCCAGGGGAUAGUCAAGAAGCUUGAUGCUCGACAGCGGCCGAGUCGGAUUCCGGGGAUCCCUACGAAGAGGACCACGGUUCUUUGCUCUGCUACGAUGAAAAUGAAUGUGCAGAAGCUAGGUGAAAUCAGCUUGAAGGACGCAGUCCACAUCAAAGCAGAUCCAGAGGAUGAGGAUGAGAAAGCCAGGUUGGCGAACAAAGAGGAGGAUUCGGCCUACCGGGUGCCUGCUCAGCUGAAACAGUCGUAUGCAGUGGUUGCAGCCAAGCUCCGACUUGUCACGCUCACAGCCUACUUGAAACGUACCUUUAUGAGGAAAGGUUCGGUUAUGAAGACCAUUGUUUUCGUAUCCUGUGCGGAUUCCGUCGACUUUCACUUCGAAGUAUUCACAAGAAAGAAGCAACAAACAGAUGAUGCCGAUGCCAGUGACGAAGAAAAGACCGAGGAGAAACCAUUGUCGCCCCACGGUACAAUUGCGCCUGCCACGGCUUUCUCGAACCCAUCGAACCCGGUCACCUUGUAUCGACUCCACGGAUCUCUGCCCCAGAAUGUCCGAACAUCGACUCUCGCCUCAUUCGCCAAGAACCGUGAACCGUCUGUUCUGAUCUGUACUGAUGUUGCAUCUCGUGGUUUGGAUUUGCCGAAUGUCGACCUGGUCGUCGAGUACGACCCAGCGUUCAGCGCCGAAGACCACUUGCAUCGUAUCGGACGUACGGCCCGUGUCGGUCGCGACGGUCGAGCUUUGGUCUUCCUUAUGCCUGGCUGCGAGGAGAACUACGUCGAGAUUCUCAAACGGGGCUACCGCGACGGCGGGAAGGCGCUCACACGCGUAGACGCAAACGACAUACUCAAGCGCGGGUUCGGCGGUAACGUCGAGGCCGGGAAGAAAGACUGGGACGUCAAAGCAACAGAUUGGCAGUGCGAAGUUGAGCGCUGGUCAUUGGAGAACCCACAAUACCUCGAGAUGGCACGAAGGGCAUUCCAGUCCCACAUUCGUGCAUACGCCACGCACAUCGCCGCCGAACGGAGCAUGUUCAACAUCAAGGAACUUCACCUGGGACAUCUCGCCAAGGCGUUUGCGCUGCGUGACCGUCCCAGCAAGAUCAACGUACCGGGUCUACGCCAAGGAAAGGAGGAAACGAAGAAGGAUUUCAAGGCCGAGAGACGACCAGCUGCAGGCCAGAAGAGAAAGGCAGAUGGAGCAGAUAUGGGUGACAGUAAAUCUUCUUCUUCCCAUGACACGGCGACGUCGGCCCAGAAAAUGAGGGCUAAGAUGAAGGAACACAUGGCUGGAGCAAGCGAAUUCAAUCUUGCUUAA